AUUAAGAACCCAACAAGCCAAGUUUUUAUACCUCUGCAACUGUUUGAUGGUCUUCGUUGGGCCUUCAAUGUCGAAGUCGUAGAGUUUGCACUAGAGAAUUUUUUUUAAAUGGUUCACAAUUCAAAUUUCAAUGGACGCAGUGACGGAUGGUUGUUCGAAGAUGCUAACGCUUCAGGCACCACAACGCUUCAUUCAUGGCCAUGAAAUCUUUCUCUGGAAUCAACGGAGGAAAAGUAGUCGGCUGGAUAAUUGGGAUCUUGGUGACAAUUGUGAUCAUCACAGCUGUCUGUUUUUACUGUGCAAACGUGGCCAGAAGAGCUAUAGCGAGUGUGCAGACGGCAAGUGCUCCGCCGGUCAGUCAGCCCCACCAUGCGGUUCAAGUUUGGGAGGGUGAUGUACCCUCCAUGGAGAAGUUCUUGCAGGAGGUGAUAAAGGAGAAGCUGGGGAGAUUCACUGCUCAACAGCUUUGUGCAUUCACGAGCAAUUACUAGACCAGGUUAGGAUUUGGGGGAUUUGGAGUAGUCUAUAAAGCAGUUUCCUCAAGAUUGCAGUCAAGGUAAUCGAGAGAAGUUCUGCGACAGCAGUAAGGGAUCAGUUCAUGGUUGAGGUAGGCAUAAUUGGAAAAACAUAUCAUAUUCAUUUGGUUAGACUUUAUGGUUUUUGCUAUGAUCACUUUAUGAGUGCGCUUGUAUACGAACUCAUGGAAAAUGGGUCACUUGAUAAAUACUUGUUUAAGGA